AUGACAGAAGUACUUUGUGGCAGUACCGAUAUUGGUUGUGGUGAUGUAUUUGAUUUCUCAAACUGUGCCCGAAAUAUGGCCUUAGAAUCAAUGGGUGUCAAAGCACCAGUGAUGAAAAGUACUGGUACAACUAUUGUUGCAACUACUUACAAGGACGGCCUGGUAAUGGGUGCUGAUUCACGCGCAACUGCUGGUAACAUCAUUGCUGACAAACAUUGCGAAAAAGUGCAUAAACUUACGGAUUCAAUUUAUGCGUGCGGUGCUGGUACUGCUGCUGAUUUAAAUCAGGUAACCAAAAUGUUAUCUGCACAAUUGCGACUUCUAGAAUUGAACACCGGGAAGAAGGCACGAGUGGUUACGGCACUCCGGCGAGCCAAACAACAUUUGUUUUCAUAUAUGGGUCAUGUUGGAGCAUAUCUGUUGAUUGGUGGUGUUGAUCCUACUGGACCACACUUAUAUCAGUGCUCAGCAAAUGGUUACACACAAAGUAAACCUUUUGCUUCCGAAGGCUCAGGUAGUUAUGCUGCGACAACCAUUCUAGAGCGAGAUUUCAAAACCAACAUGACACAAGAAGAAGCCGUUCUUCUGGUACGCCAUGCUCUAGAGGCUGGUAUGCAUGGUGAUAAUGCUUCCGGCAAUUCUUUAAAUUUUGUGAUUAUAACACCGGAAUCUACAGUAUUCAAGGGUCCUGUAGUUCCACAUUUUUGUGUGCGACCAGAGCCCGUUGAGCUGGACUAUAAAUUCAAGCUUGGCUCUACCAAUGUUCUGAAGCAAAAAGAAAUUAAGUACGAUAUCGUUGAAAGUAUGGACAUUUCUCACUGA